CCUUAAUCUUUAUCGUUCAAGUCUUACUUCAUCUCGAACACCCGCAAUGAAGUCCGUCCUCUUCACCCUUCUGGCUGCUGCAGCCCUGGCUUCAGCGUCGCCGAUCGAAAAUGAUAUCCUUGAGAAGCGCGCAGUAUCCUGCCUGAAAGUCGGCGCCACAGCAACAGCGACGUGGACGAAUGCUGCAGGGAAAACGUGUCGCUGGACAGGUACUGUUGGCAGUAACUUUGGCACAAACAGUGUUACGGGAGGAGACUACUCAUGCAACGGCCGCUGUGGCGCGGGAUGCUCUGGAACCGCUGUCGGAAACGCGUACACGCAGGACUGCUUCAGUCAUGAUGUCUGUAGCUGGUUCAAUAAUGCCUCUGGCGGAGCAAGCGACGCGAAUUGUGGUGCAGCAUACAAUGCUGCAGUCGAUGAUACACUUUUGGGCUCUGUGAAUGGAUGUGGACAGACGAACCCAAGCAAUUCGGCAGUAAGGCCUUCGACAAGUCCCACUUGUUCAUAAGCUGGGUGUGAGAGUGUCGGG